AUUUUUGAACUUUUUAUUUCUGAAAUGGAGGGAAAUAUUGUAGCCUCUUCGCGGUAAACAUAUAAUAUUUUGUUGGCUGCGAAAAAAUGAGAGAAUUCUGAAAACAAAGAGAUGGUAAAGAUUGUUGAUGGUAAAUCACUGAUGAGUAACAACAAAAUCCGCAACACUACUCUACAGAUUUGAAGGAAGUUAGGGUUACGGAAACGAACAACAAUAAGAAUUGACUCAUAUCUUGAAGGAAGUUAGGGUUCUGGGUCCACAUUAUAUUUCUGUUUAUAGACGAAUUGUUUUGUGACAUGAAAGAUUUGAAGGAAGCUACGGUUACGGAAAUGAACAACAACAAGAAGAAAGCUAUAAGGAGACUCAAAUGUGUUGGAGAAGAUCGUAUUAGUGAGCUGCCUGAUGCGAUUAUCAUCCAUAUCCUCUCUCUUUUGCCAUCAACCAAAUUAUGUGCUAAGACUUCAGUUUUGUCCAAAAGAUGGCACAAUCUUUGGACCUAUGUGCCUAAUCUCAUUUUCUCUCAAUCUCACUUCCCAGAUAUUUUGAUUGAUGAACUUGAGUAUCAAUUAGACAUCAUAAAAAGAGUGGUCAACAAAACACUAGCCCUUCACUCUUCUUCAAAGCUCAAUACAUUCUCCAUCGAAAUUUCAGAUAUACGCCCAUUGUAUUCUUCCAUUGAGUCGUGGCUUCAACUAGCUGUGGGAAGGGCGGUUGAGUCACUUACAUUAGAAUUCAUCCACAAUGGCCGUAGCUCCACUGGUUAUUUGUUGCCUCAAUUCCUAUACUCUAAUUCCCAUAUCCGAAUUUUAACUACUAAGCUUUGUGAAUUUGUGCCUGAUGGGAGAAUUUCAUGGUCAGCACUGAAAGAGUUGAGUAUAUGGCGAGCAACUUUGAAUGAUGAUGUCAUUCAAAAUAUUUUGUAUGGUACUCCACUUCUUGAAAACUUGCACUUGAUCCUCUGCUGCGGAAUCAAAUUGCUUGACUUAUCUUUAAAACCUGAGUUGAAAACGUUGGUCAUAAACGUUAGUAAUUAUGACUCCGAGCUUAAAAUUGUGGGUCCUUAUGUUGAGACAUUGAAAAUUUCCUGGACUUCGGAUAAUUUCAAGUGCAAGUUGAUGAAUAUGUCGUCUUUAGUCAAAGCUACCCUGGAUUUUGAACUUAUAGAUCAUGAAGAUGAUCCCCAAGAGAGCUGUCUGGAUAUGGUCGACGAACUCGUUGAGAAUGUUCUUCCUGCUGAGCAACUACAACUAACGAAUUUCUGUACUCAGGCUCUCUCAACAUUGAGGAUGGAUGUUAUGGAGUCUCUAUCAUCAAAUUUGAGAUCUUUAGAUGUCGACUGUCGCGGUGAAGAGUACCUCUGUGGGAUUGAACGCGUUCUUCAGUGCUCACAUAAGCUGGAGAAGUUAGUUAUAUAUUUCGACUACGGUAGGUCUUUUAAGUAUGAUGGAUAUAGAAAGGAUUAUUGGACAAAUGCAGAGAUACCGAGUUGUUUGGAUUCCCAUCUCAAGACCAUCGAGAUAUCUGGCCUGAUAAGAACUCGAGUUGUAGUCGAAUUUCUCCAGUUCUUGCUCAAGAAUUCAAGGGUAUUGGACAAUAUGAUUUUACGUCAUUUUAACCAUAAAUAUGGUUUGAUAUUGGCUGAGAGGCUGUCAAGCUAUCCAAGGUCUUCGCAGAAAGCAGUGUUUCUAGCUCCUAAAUGAUGGUACUAUAUAUAACAAUGUAGCAAGAAUAUUUGAGAUUGCUUUUGUUUUUUUACUCCUUGUUAUCCAUCUUUUUUAGAAUAUGAUUAGCUCAUACAAAGGCUCAUGCCAUAUUUUGAUUUUUAUUAAUUAGCCCUUUAUACA